AUGGAACACCAUUUUUCUGUUAGUGAAUUACAUCGACUCAUAAAUUUCCCCCACGCACACCUGUCCACUCCGGGGAUUAGUCCGCUGCUGGGCAGCUCGACACGAAGUACCACGGGGGUCACCAAAAAAAAGUAUCAAUAGAAAACAACAACAUUAGGACUCGCAUUUGACCUGAUUUCUGAAUUAAAUUGCUGUGGUGUUUAUGUACAGUCCACCUGAGAGAGGUAAGUAGAAUGUCAAUAUUGGACUGUCCCCCAAGGCAAUAUCUCCCCGCAUUUGUGACCUACAUACCAGUUCACUAGAAUUAAAGGCGCGAAUGGACAAGUGAAAAAAAAUCCAACAGUGCAGUGUGUAAAUAUGAACCAGUUCUAUCCCUGGUGCCUGGAUUAAAGUCAUCGUAUCGAUAUUGGAAUGGCGGAUAGAUUUCGAUACAAUGUGGUUGCGUGCGCAUUUUGGAUCAUUGCUGUUGCAACUGUGGUGUGCUCUGCAUCUUUUGCAUCUGUGUGCCUGAUUGGAGUAGGAGGGUGUUGCUAUGGAUACACGUGUGUUUUGCUGGAAACAGCUACGAUUUGUCUGGUCAUUGCUUCUCUGCUGAUGACGUUCUGUCACUGCUACAGACAAAAGAUAAAAAAUGAAGCGAGUCCGAGUUUUUACGUCGAGUCGAUGAAUCUAUCCUCUGAGACGAACAUCAACACUCGGUAUAGUCCUGUCCCGCUCAACAUUCUGACAAAGAUGGAGGAAUACAGAGAGGACUUGUUACAAGCUGUACCGGAAGCGGAUAUACCGGCAGAGUUUGAAUGUGCAAUUUGCAACGACGGUAAAACCGAACAAGUAUCCCAGCUUUCCUGUGACCAUUAUUUCCACAAGGCGUGCGUUCUGAAAUGGUUUAUAUCAAACUCCAAGCACACGUGUCCGAUAUGUCGGAGCUGCCAGAUCCCUGCCAAUCAUCUUCUCAUCAUCACCGUGCUCCCUGGCAUCAGUUCUCGACCAAUCAGAACAUCACAGCUAUGAGAUAUUUGGGCGACUGAAACAAAAUGAUGGCACCAAAAAAGAUGUGAUAUGGUAAUGGAUGUUUCUAAGGAAAGAAGGGACAUCUUCUACUUUGCAUAGAGGCUGCAAUAUAUAAUAUCAUAUCUGUUCUGUUAACCCGAAGAUACAUGUUCAAUGUACCCCGGAUCCCAGGGUGGAAUGCUGGUUCAGCGAAGCGAAACUUGUAUAUCACUCGUACAAAAUGAAGCAGCAUUAUUAAAAAAAAGAGCAAAGAAGCAGCGAAAAAGUCAGAGAAGACCAAAUAGUUUAAAGAUUCGACCUUGAAACGUGUGUGGUAAAACACAGGAUGUCUUACGUGACAUAACCACAGUUAUCAAAAAUGCUGAAAAACCAAUUUAGGGCAAAUAACAGAUGUAAAAUAGAUGCAUCGAUCCGUAAAGACAUAUCAGGCCAUUAUGUAAAUAAUACACAAAUACACUGUGAUUUGUGAAACAAAAUAUUUAUAAAUUUUAUGAUUUAUCAUAUUUUCCUUUCAAACAUUAUUUGUACAAUGUACAAGUAUACAUGUAAACAAUAUUGAAGUUAUUGUUGAAACUUUGUUAUAUUGUGUGCAUGCUUGUGUGGGUUGGUGGAUGAGAGUGUGUGUGAGUGUUCGGUCCUAAUGUAUGAGAUAAUUACAUGGUUAAAAAUGAUUUGCAAUAAAUGUGUGCAAUAUUACAGUCAAUGGA